AUGUUGGGUCUUGAAAAGCCAGGAUCCUCAGACAUUUCGUCUUCCUCCACUGAUACUUCCGCCAUCUCACCUAUUAGCGUGAGCAGUAUGCCACUAUCACCGGACAAGGAAAAGAAAAAGAUAACAUUUGUACGGUACAACCCAGAUAUUCCACAAAUUGUCACUUCAUUCAAAGGAUACCAAAAGUUGAUGUUCCAAGGAUACAGAUAUAACAUCUAUCAGGUCGUUCCAGAACGAAACUUCAAAUCUUGGCGAUGUGUUUGUGCUAAAAAGAUGCCUGAUGAUGGACAAUGGUGUAAGUGUCGCGCCGAAACGACGAUGGAUAACGGGAAGGCUUGCACAAAGGGCACGCACAAUCAUCCGCCAAAGCACCGUGUCGCCGAGAUCGAAUUCAUCAAGUCGCAACUCAUCAAUGCUGCAUUUGAAAACCCGGACCAUGAUGCUGGGGACCUUGUCAACCAAGCAUGUAUGUAUUUGAGCGAAGGAGUCGUUUUUGAUAACAAGGAAAGCCUCAAGAAAAGCCUCGUAUCCGCCAGAAGCAAAGAAGGAAAGCCAAGAAAGCAAAAGAGUACCAAAGGUUCUCUGAACCCAUUGAAGAGAAUGAAGAUUGAGCCAGAUGAGGAGGAUGAGAAUGUAUUCAAAAUGCAAAGAAUGGAAAAUGACAUGUCUAGCUUCUUCCCACUUUUCAACAACGGUCUCUCUAUGGUCAAAGUGGAAAACAACUUCAAUCAGAGUCCAACUAUCCAAAUCCCUCAAUCAAAUCCUCCACCAGCUCCACAACCACAAGAACAAAGCAAUCUUCUUCAACCAGCCGCUUUAAAUAGUUUCAAUAACUCAUGGGUUGGAUUUGAAGAUCCCGUUGCAACAAUGUUCUGGGCAAAUGCUAUGCUCAACCCCGGGAUCGGAGGAUUGGACGUACUUUCCACUUUUGCUGCAGUUUCAAAACAUCUGCAGCAUAGCCAAGGUCCAACUCCAGCUGCAACUGCACCAACAACUGCUCCACUCUCCUCAAAUCUCUCCGUGAGCAGCUUAGUCACCCCUCAGAUGCCAAAGGAAGCGUCGACUGCAAUUCAAACACCAACAUUCUUGAAUCUGAAAGAUCUGAAACCACUUCCACCACUCACCGCCAUCCAAACGAGUCCGGUCAUUCAAGCCGCCAGCCUGCUCAGGCCUAUCCCAUUAAUGAGAGAUUCGAGUACACAGACCACAGAGGUUAUUCAAGAAAUCAAAGUUUCCAAGUGUCUGACCUCUGGUUGUGGAUGCCGUGUGAUCCGAAUUUGCUGUUGCGAUGAAGGAAUCUGCCGGCGAACAGCAACUUGUUAA